AGAGGAUUUGCCACUUCCGAGGGAGGAGGAAGGGCCUGCGAAAAGGAGGCCGCUUGCUGGAGAAACGAAUAAGGGGAGGGCAAUACGUAAAGAGGCUGCGCUCAAGCCUUUAGGGUGGGAAUCGUUGCAAGUUCAUGGCGUUUGAGACUCUAAGCGGCUACUAGCUCUCCCUCCAGAGCAUCUGCCUUGCAUGGAGAAGACCCCAGGUUCGGUGCUCUGCAUCUCCAGGCAGGGCUGGGAGAGACUCCCUGCUUGAAACCCGGAAGAGCUGCUACCAGAACAAUCCUGUCCCGCCAUUUUUGGACCCUGUCGCCUACCGCUCAUCACCCAUGUAGCGUCUGAAGUUCAACAUUCUGGUGAGGGACAGGGACAGUGUGGGAUAGCUCCCCCCCCGUGCCUGUUUGCAGCAACCAAAGUGGGAACAGGACCUUCAGCGAUCAACGUUUGAAUGUUUCUCUGAGCCGUCCUCCGUUGGAGGAGCAACAUGGCUGGGGUGGAGCUGAGAGGCUCAGAUUUCGGCCUCCGGGUCCCGACUGCCGCAGAGCCAAGGGAGCAUCCUGGGAUAAAGAUAGGAGAGCAAGAUCCAUUGGAGUUGGACCAGGUGGGAGAUGGACGAGGCAGGACCCCUCAUGUCGUCCACGCCGGGAGUAUUGAGGAAUUUGUGCAGAGGAGUACGGAACCGUGUGUCGAUCUGGAAUCGAGGGAGGAGUUGCUCCAACGCUGGGAGGCCCAGUGGGAAGAGUUCUUGAGGAAAUUGGAGUCCCCUCACCUGGAACGGGGAAUCCCACAGUUGCCGGAAGAGCCCACCCCAUGGGAUGACGCUAAAGCCUUCCUGGUCUCCUUCGAGCUAGUGGCCGAAGCCUGCCGCUGGCCCAGGGAAGAGGGGGUGGCCCGGCUCUUGCCGGCCCUCGGCGGGGGAGCCCAGCAAACGUUCAGCAAGCUGGAAUCCCAGGACUGGAAGGACUACCAAAAGGUGAAGGUGGCCAUCUUGCGGGGGGCGGCCCUGAGGAGGGAGAAGCAGCGACAACACUUCCGGCGCUUCUGCUACCAGGAGGCCGGGGGUCCCCGGGAGGCUUAUGGCUGCCUCCAGGAACGUUGCUCUCAGUGGCUGAGGGCCGAGAGGCGCACCAAGGAGGAGAUUCUGGAGCUGCUGAUUCUGGAGCAGUUCUUGGCCAUCCUCCCGCCGGAGAUCCAGAGCUGGGUGAAGGAGCGCGGCCCGGAGUCCUGCGCCCAGGUGGUGAUCCUGGCCGAGGUUUUCCUGCAGGGGCAGGAAGAGGCGGAGAGAUGGCAGCUCCAGCCGCUGCCGGCACCAUUUGUCGAAGUGGCUGCGAGUUCCCCAGAGGCAGAGCAGGCACCAUCUGACUCCGGGCAAGGGCAGCCGUGCCAGGAAGUGAAGCGAGAGGAGGAGGAGGAGGAGGAGGCCGCCGCCUUCGUGGUGACCUCACUUGCAGAUAAAGGGCAGAGAAGCCUAAGCGCGGAGGGGAGCAAGACCCCAGAGCAGCCAGAGGCAGGGAGGCAAUACGGGGCACCGAGGCAGAGAGAAGAGAACAACUCUUCUCGGCCUUGCUAUGAUGGUCGUGGAGAUGCCCCCAAGACCUGGCACAGGCCUGAGUUCCAGCAACAACCCGAUCGAGGGGAGAGGCUGGAGGAAUUCCCCCCUUGUCAAAGAAAGGAGCAGAGAGCGAGCCAAGAGAGCGGUUACAGGCCAGUGAGUGAGCGCAAGAGGAAAAAUCAACGGGUAAGUCCCCAGCAAGCGGAACCAUCCGGAAGGAGAGCAGGAGAACUGCUUUCUCAGGGUGAGUACUGGGAAGACUCUGCCGAAGAUCAACGCAGAUGGGUAAAGCAGCGGCAGCGGCAAAGAAGCCAUUGCCAGCGGUUAGCAAAGACGCCUCCUGAUUCUGGAGAAGGGUUCAAGGAAGACUCGAGGCACCUUAAACGGGACAUGGUCAGUGGGAGUCGGAAGAGCCCGCCUCAACUGGCUGAUCGUGGAAAGGGCCUCGCUUGCAAGGGCCCAUUUAUGCCGCAUCAGCCAAUCUAUGGAGGGAGCGGCGUGCACAGCUGUUCUUACUGUGGAAAAACCUUCUGUGCGCAGUUGCAGCUUUCUAUCCACGAGAGAGCUCACGCGGGGAAGAAGCCUUACCAGUGCUCUCGCUGUCCAAGGGCCUUCAGCCAGCGCUCUCACUGUAUCGCGCACGAGCGAGCGCACAGCAGAAGGAAUCUCUGCCAGUGCUCAUCCUGCGGCAUGACCUUCAGCCAAAGCUGGCUCCUCCUCUUGCUCGAAAGGACCCAUGUUUGCAAGAAACACUAUAAGUGCUCUUACUGCGCGAAGAGCUUCGUUUGGAAGUCCCAGAUCAUUCUACAUGAAAGGACCCAUGCGCAGGAAGAACGAUGUAACCAGGAAAAAAUGUACAAGUGCUCUGUCUGCGAGGAAUCGUUCAGCCAUCGCUGGCUCUGCGCUAUGCAUGAAGGAAUCCACACUGGGGACAAACCGUAUGAAUGCUCACAGUGUGGGAAAAGAUUCUAUUCAGACGCUGGCCUUACCAAUCAUGAAAGAAUCCAUGCCGCAGAGGUGGAAAUGGCAUGAAUGACCAAGGGCAAUGAGGAGCCCUCGGGGAGUUAUUGGGCUUCACCUCCUGUAGCCCCAGCCAGCAUGACCAAUGGUUGGGGACUAUGGCAGUUGUAGUCCAGCAGCAUCGGUGGAGGGGGACCACACUGGCCACCCCGAUGGAACUUUGUUUACAAACUGCACCUUAUUAAAACUGGAGGAAUUCACAGACCUAAUGUGACGCUGGGGAAAGCUUUUGUAAGGGCUGAACUGCCUGUGGAAUUUUGCACAUGGGUUCCCCUCCAGUGCAGGCUUUGCCUUCCAUAAAUAGUUGGUGUGGGAGGUCAGGGUGGUUUGAACCCUUAACCCAGCGGUUCUCAAACCUUUUUGAUUCGCGGCGCACUGUAAAACAUAUAAAAAUUUUCUGGCGCACUUUG